AUGCUCCCCUCGCUCGUCCCGGAGGAUCUAACUCUCGACGGCCCAUCUCCGCAAACCCACCUUGAGAUAGUGGAGAUCCUCGACGAAGCCGCCGCUGAGAUGAGUCAAGAGGAGAGCCACCGAAAGGGCGUCAAGCCCAACGUCCUCAUCGAGCUGCUGUGCAGGAACACAGCCUCCGGCGCGCCAGCGAUGGUGCAAAUGUACGUCCAGAUUCCCGUGACAGGCACGGAGUGGCAGCCGCCAAGCAAGCGGGCCCGUCAAGCCGUCGAUGUCGUUCCUCCCCGUGCCAGGAAAUGCAUGGACGCGCACGGCCAGCUCCGCGAUAUCCACUGCGAGCACGCCCCAGCACUUAUCGGAUCCCGGCAGACCACGCAGGGCCCCGGUGGCUGGGUGCCCGGGGGUUAUGUGCUUUACAUCGCCCUGACAACUGUCCGUGAAGAGGACGGGGGUAUGGUUGCGCUGUCGACCGGUGGGAUUGGCGAGGGGGCGUUUUACGAGAUGUCGCCGGCCGCGAGAGCGCAAGUUCGUUUGGCGUUCAAAGCUGCCUUUACCUCCUUCGGCCGGCACCGGAUCGUGCCAUCGACCAUGUGGGUGCCCAGUCGGCUGUUCUGGGAUCCGGUGAAGCAGAAGAUCUUUUUCGUAGGAGACUUCAAGAGAAUCGAGAGAGAAUGGGAGUGGGACGAUGAGGAGUUCCGACGAUGGAGAAUCUCAGAAGAAGCUUACGAAAGAGUCAUGCGCUACCGGCAGAGAUACACCCGCUAG